AUGGAGUGGCUUUGGAUCGCCGUGGCAACAUGUGUGCUCGUGUCCUGCUCUGUCAAAGGCAACGACUGGUGGUGGGAGUAUGAGGAGGGGAUACGACACUACAGCAAGGAGGCCCUCAACAAGGAAUUUCCAGAGAAAACUCGACCAGUGAGCUUCAAACAUCCGGUGUUCCACUGUCCAGACAUGAGUCCUUCUCCCUCUGUCCCCUCAUCAGUUGAAUUUGUGAAGGCGGCAGAUAUCAAAGUCAUCGCUGCCUUGGGGGACUCUCUGACAACGGGCAUAGGUGCCAACGCCACCACUGUCCUUGGGAUUCCUAUUGAGUUUCGUCAUGUGUCGUGGAGUAUCGGAGGCUACGGUUCAUUUCAGGAUGUCAUUACUUUGGCAAAUAUCAUAAAGCUAUUCAAUCCCAAACUGGUGGGUGCUGCUCCCGGGAAGACGGUUCAUGGGAUGCAGGCUCAUAUCAGUGAAACGGGCUUCAACCUGGCUGUGACUGGACACAACACCUUCAAUCUCCCCGGCCAGACGAGACAUUUGAUUGACACACUGAGAGGUUAUGAGGGUCUGAACUUCAAGGAGGACUGGAAGCUUUUGACCAUUCUCAUGGGCAUGAAUGACAUCUGUGAUUACUGCAAAGAUAAGACUCUUUUUUCAGUAGAUAACUUCAUUCAGUAUAUGACCGUCUCCUUGGAAAUGCUUAUGAAUGAGGUUCCUCGUAUGAUCGUUAACGUGGUUCAGAUCCUGCCCAUGGAAACUCUGAGGGAGGUGCAGAAGCCCACCCCAGGGUGCCUGCUCCAGCGGUCUUUCUGUUCGUGCCUGAUAGAUCCAGUAGCCAAGUCUCCUGAACUGCAGGAGCUGGUGGAGGUCAAUCUGGAGUUCCAGAGAAGACUUGAGGAGCUGCUGUACAGCGAUCGUUUCUUCAGGGACGACUUUGCUGUUGUUCUUCAGCCCUUUCUGCAACACGCCGACCCUCCCCGCCUCCCGAACGGGAAGAUCGAUAUGACCUUCUUCACUCACGACUGCUUCCACUUCACCAUCAAGGGACACGAGGAGCUGGCCAAGGGACUGUGGAACAACAUGUUUCAGCCUGAGGGAGGAAAGAUGAUUGUGAGCAGUUUCUCUCACCCCAUCAGUCUCAUCUGUCCGCCUAUGGAACACCCAUACAUCUUCACCCGACCAAUUGCAGCCAAGUCAGGCCAGCCUCCACUUCAGUCUGAUGCACCAUCACGGGCAGCCAUCUUGCUGCUCUCGCUGCUUGUGGGUUUGGGACUUAUGUAGCUUUCACUUUGCCCAAGCUAUUUUUUGCAAGCACGUCUCUGCUAUACUGGUUACUGUUGAGGUGAUCACCUACAGUGGAUCACCUGCAAAGGAGAGUCUGUGAGCCACUCUUUGCAACUUUGCGUGUCUGUGGCCCCAAAUACCAGCAUGGAGAAAUUAGUGCAGUUUUAAGAUCUGAAAACCCCAGAGAUAAUGUGACAGUGAAUCCUGCAACCUAAAUAUUUCAUUUUUAGAGGCAGUUGGAGGUGGAAGUGGUGAGGAGUCUUUGUUGGUGAGCAGAUUGCUGCUCUUAGCAGGAAGUUUUCUAUUUUGCUUUUAAAUUUAAAUUCAUCAUGACUGCACCAAAAUGAUUUAUCAGUUAGAACACAUACUAACUGUGGGGAUUGGACAAUUUUCCAUGUUUCUCCCACACUUGUAAUUAUAAUAAUAUACGGUAGGUGUAUUUUUUAGGGAAGGUCUUGCCUAGUGCAGCUUUAACUAUACUGUAUUACUUGAUAUAAAAUGCAGAUGUUGUAAUUAGCGAAAAAAGGAGUAAUUAUUUCUGAAUUGUUCAUGUGACCUUUAUACAUUCUUACAUAAAAC